AUGGCCACCACCACCACCACAACAACAAGAACAACACCCCCCAAAUCCCCAACCCUAACAAGAUGGUACAUCGACACCCGCCCCCUCACCGCAACCGCAAACCCCACCAACCUCCCGCUAAUCACGACCCUGCAACCCGACGACCAAGCCUCCAUCCGGCGUUUCCACCACCUCAAAGACAAGCACAUGUCACUCGCCUCCAACCUCCUCAAAUACCUCUUCAUCCACCGCAGCUGCCGCAUCCCCUGGGACCGCAUCACGCUCUCGCGGACGCCGGCCCCGCACCGCCGGCCGUGCUUCAUCCCCAGCGCCACCCUUCUCGAAAGCACCACCACCAGCACCACCACCAAAGCAAUCCCCCGCAUCGAAUUCAACGUCAGCCACCAGGCCUCCCUCGUCGCGCUAGCCGGCACCACCAUCCCGGACCCCGCCGACGGCGUUCCAACCGAGGGAAUCCCGCAGGUCGGGAUCGACAUCACCUGCACGAACGAGCGCCAGCCCGCCAGCAGGAACAGCACGACGCCCGAACCCCCCCGCGACACCUUCACCAACUACGUCGACAUCUUCGCCGAGGUAUUCUCGCCGGAGGAGAUCCGGUUGAUCAAGACGCUCCAGCCCCCGACCGCACAUGAAACCACCACCACCACCACCACCACCGCCCACACGCCCCAAGAAUCCUCCAGCGACGCAGGGCUCGAGUACAGCUACCGCGUGUUCUACGCGUACUGGGCGCUGAAGGAGGCCUACAUCAAGAUGACGGGCGAGGCGCUGCUGGCGCCCUGGUUACGGGAACUGGAGUUCGCGGGCGUCGUGGCGCCGGAGCCGGCUGCCCCCAAAACAAAAGUCGGGGAGCCGUAUACCGGGGUGCGGACGACGUUGCACAAACAGCCGGUCGAGGAGGUGCGGGUGGAGAUUGUGGCGUUUGAGACGGAUUAUCUGAUUGCGACGGCGGCCAGGGGACCGGGGAUUGGGGCGCGGAGGGGGGGUGGUGGUGCGGAUACGGCACAGCAGGACUCGUGGGAGGCGUUGCGGGAGAUUGACAUUGAGCGGGAUGUUAGGCCUUGUGCGGAGGGGAGGUGUCGGUGUUUGGAGUAG